UGUUACAGCCAGCGAGGAAACGAAUGUACCGGCGGGCACACAUCGGUCGGGACGCCGGGAUAUUCCCUCUUCUUCCCGACAAGACUUAAGAGGAGAAAAAACGGACUUUGCGUGAUUUAAUGGGACAAGAGUGGAUCGUAGAGAAAAUGAUGUGACCACAGACAUGGAGGAUUCUAACGUCGCACUUAGAGUGAUUUAUAAUUAGUGGAGAAAAAUCACAAUUGGGAUGUAGUUGUGAAGUUUCAGAAUGCUAUCGUUUUAGCUUGCAACUUUGAAGAACCGGUCAUGUUUCGACCACCACUAGCUCUGCGAAUAGGUAUCGGAAGGCGACGCCAAUCCUUCUUCUUCCACCACCUUCCACCUCCCUAACCUAAGUCAAGCGCUCUUUCUUACAGCCUUUCAAAAGGACAAAAGGUCUAGCCGGGAAUCGAACUCGUGACCCCUUGGUUGAUCUCGCGACAUGCUAGCCUACCCACUCAGCUGUUCGAAACCAGAAAAAUUUCUACGCUGAUGUUAAAACAUGACGUUCUUCGCGACUCCCGGUGUGGUCAUCUCCAUCAUGGUGGGAUGCCUAAUUGCCUUCGGGUUCCUCUUCCUGUGCGCGUACUCCGUCCACCGGGUGUUCUGCGUGCGGCCGGCGGCGCUGGUGGCAGUUGGGCCCGAGGAUGAGAGCGACGACACGCCGGACGACGAGCUCUGUGAGAUCACCAUCACAGUGGACGAGGAGAACGAAGGAAGAGACAAGUCAUGUCAGGUGGCCAUCAUAGACGGUCAGAGCGGGGAGGUCCUUACGGGGUUCGGUACGGGGGAACUCGCCCCCACGCCCGAGAGUGAGACCCUCAGCAGCCCCUGCGAACCCGCUGGGCCUAAGACUUACAUAGAACUGAAGAAGGCCGCAGAUGGAGGGUUCAUCAUGAAGGAGCACGUGGUUUAUCCCGAAGGCGUUGCAGAAGGAAAGAAAGACAACUCAAAGACGACGAACGAUGAAGCAAAGGGUGAAGACAUUUCGAGACGAACCGUGGCGGUUCAGACGCCAUCGUUUCGUCUUACUGACGGAUUCGGACUGGACACGCCUUGCGCGUCAGCGGUAAGAAGUCGCGAAGAUCAAGACGAUUCUAGCAGUGCGACCGAGAAGACAUGCGUCUUAUCACGAUCACACAGUCAAGAUUUCUUAGAUCCCGGAGUUCUCCAGACGAACUGCCAGAAACUUUGUGAGUCUCCCCUUAAUGGGGAAGUAAUAGGUUUGAGAGAAAGACUUCAUAAUUAGGAAUCUUUUAUCUUCUCUCAUCUUUAUGCCCCUCUUUUGAAAAAAGUUUUAAGUCUGCGUCAGUAUACAUCUAUAUAAUAGGAAAUUAGUUAAAACUUUUAGGAUAAUAUACUUAGAAGGUAAAUAUUGUCUAGGGAAGGCUGGAACCAAAACAAACACACGAUGUAAAAAAAGGAAAUGAUUUAGAAAAUAUCCGUAAAAAGGUUGGUAAAUUACUCACAUAGUAAGGUUCUUUGUUACACAACCAAAUUUGUACUCACACGCUGGGUUAUGAAAAUCAGUGAUGAACAGAGACGAGGGGGAUACAAGCUGAGCCACUUUGGGACGGAAUUCUUGCUGCUGCAGCGCCACCUACAUCGGCUCUAAGUAGCAGCAAGAACCAGACCUAGUCAUUCUAACCCUGAUGAUCGUGUCUGACAGACAUCGAAACGUUGGAAGUGAGUACAAAUUUGGUUGUGCAGCAAACAACUUUACUAUGUGAUUUAGACAAUAGCUUUACAGUAAAUCAAGAGAGCUAUAGUUGCCUAUGUGCCACUGCACGAAAAUUGCUGCUAAAUACUUUUCUGUCAUCUCAACAUAACAAGAAUAGCUAUACAAGAAGAAGCGUUAUGAAUUACCAAUAAUAGUUACAUUUAUUUCAAAGAGUCUAGACUGUCUAUGUCACUAGAAGGUGUUUGUACUAUGUAGCAAGGCUUAUAGAAUUAAUCUGGUACUUAGGGGAGCCAGACACCAAUCACGGCAUCGCUUUGGCGCAAGCUCACGUGCGUUCUCGUUAUGACGUGCUCUCGCGUGAUCGAUUUUCAAACGGGCGGCCGUAUUUUGAAUUUUGAAUAAAACCGUAUCAUCACAAAAGUCGUCGGUCUUUAAAUUAAUAAAAAAAUUAUCAUUGUGGGGAAACUGUGAUGAUUUAUCAGCCGGCAAGUAUUGUUUAAGAACUUGUGAAAGAAAUGUCUUAUUACUUAAACCAGAUCACGGAAAUUGAACAUUUGAUUUCUUUCAACGUCACGAAAAUAGAAUCACACCGAUUUCUACUAGUGCUCAGCAAAUAAAACAGUAAAAAUUAU